GCAGAUCACAAAAGGCAGUGCGGGACAUUUGACCGCCUCCCUUGUCUCUGCAGGCAGGGACAGACCGUGUACCCCAUCGCAGGAGGAUUCUCACCUGCCGCUCUCGCCGCCAGCGCCUCCAUGUCCAGCAGCCUGGUGUCCGGGAGCUUCUCUCAGCGUUUGGUGGCGCCCCCCCAGUCGUCCCACCCUGCCGCUGUCCCCGUGCCGGUGAAGCAGGAGCCCAGAAGCAGCAGCCUGCCCGGGAAGUCGGCGGUGGAUGUGCAGCCGGAGAGGGAAGAGGAGAAGAAGCCUCACAUCAAGAAGCCGCUGAACGCCUUCAUGUUGUUCAUGAGGGAGGAGCGGCCCAAAGUGGUCGCUCAGUGCAAAGUCAAAGAGAGCGCCACCAUCAACCAGAUCCUGGGACAGCGGUGGCACUCUCUGUCCAAAGACCAGCAGGCCAAAUAUUACGAACUGGCUCGCAAAGAGAGACUCCUGCACUCCAAACUGUACCCGGGCUGGUCAGCCAGAGACAACUACGGGAAGAAGAAGAAGAGGAAGAGAACGAAGAGCGAAACUCAGUUUGAAGACCUGGAGGAGAGCUUCCCGCCGCAGCUGAAGCGUCCUCGUCCGCUGCCUGAGGAGACGUCUCACACCUUGUCCACGCAGCCCCGCCCCUUCCCGUCACAGCCGCACGCCGUCUCUCACCUGACGCACACACACCUUUCCCAGGCCAGCCCCGCCUCCUCCCUGGACUCCCCGGCGACGCCCACCACCUCGCUGGCCUCGCCCGCCGCCCCGGCGCCGACGCACACGGAGCACACGCACUCGUCCCGCGGCGGGCAGGCGUCUCCGUACGGCGAGCAGCUGCAGCCGCUGUCCCUCACCACCAAACCUCAGCGGACCGCCGCCCCUCUGAGCCGCCACCCGCCUGCCUCCUCGCCCCCUCCCCCGCCCUUCCUGGUCCCGCCUCCUACCUCGGCUCACCAAUCAGGUGCCUUCGCUCAGUCACAGCCGAUCAGGAGAACCAAUCAGCUGUGAGGAGCCGCAGACUCUUUUUUUAAACGCUGUAAAUACGCUUCGUUUUUUAAACUUUUUUAUGAUCACGUUUCCUGUCGGUAUGAAAACAUCUGGUCAAUAUUUGACUGCGUCUCAACGGUUUUUUCACGGUUUCUACUUUUGAUAAAGACUCGUUCUGAGUGGAGGCGAAUCACCGGGUUUCUCACCUGUUAGCAGCCAGUUCGGCUCUAUUUUCUUCUGUUAAUAAAUAUUCACUGAGCUCUGACGCGCUGUGACGACUUUCACUGAACACGCAGGACCCAAAAUAAAGUUCAGGUUCAUGAGGAUGAAACACGAAUCUGAGGCAGAAAAUGUGUCACGGAAACGGUAAAAUUACUCAAACACAUGACGAAUUUACAAAAUACAACUUAACAGAAGUUAUUUCAUGAUGUAACAUGAAAAUGUUUCUUUGAAACAGAAAAGUACUCAGACCUUUUACCCUCAGUACUGAAGUAGAAGUACUGAGGAAUUAUCAGCUCGGUGUACUUAAACGCGUAUAGAUUAAUGUGAUUAUAAGUGAUUUACUGUCAUUAUAGACGGCACUUUAAUGUUGAUGGAGCUUUAAUUUCUCUGCGCCUGCAACAUUUGGCACAAACGUCCAGCUGAUCAGAACCAGGUGGUCAAAGGUCACGGUGACGUCAUGAAACACGUUUUUCUCGUGCUCAGAUUUUACACAGAGGUCCAAAAUCGAACGAUGAAGUGAUGAGAGGUCAGAGGUCACUGUGACGUCAUCGUGUUUUCGGCUGAGACGGUCAGUCAGAUGCUGAAGGACGUCCGUGUCCCGUAAUUAUCUGUCACAUUACAACUUUUCUUUAUGUUCGCAGCGUUGCAGCCUUUAGUCAUAUAAAUAUAUAAAUAUAUAUGACGCACACACCUGUGUGUGUGUAUGUGUAUAUUUAUACAGUAAAGAUUUAAACCUGUGAAAUUAUUACUGCAUAUAUAUCCUGGAUCACAUUAAAAGUAUCAUUUAAAAAUA